UGGGCUAGAACGACUGACUUCCGGCCAGGUCGUUGUCUGGGUGGCGCGGUCGAGUCAUCGCUCGGCCUUGCAGCUUAGAUCUCCCGUCUUUCCUCCCCGCCCCCCGCCCCGGGGCGGGGGGUCGACAGGCCAAGUGAGGCGGGAGGGUACUCGGACCUUCCCCUUCAUUUCGCUCCGGCCAGCGCCCUGCUCCCCACGCUGGGGCUUGGGGUCCGUGGGGCCCGCGAGGCCCGGUCUGAGGGGCCGGGGCCUACGUGGGCCCGCCGCUGGGCCCCAUGAGGCAUAGCCUGACCAAGCUGCUGGCGGCUUCGGGCAGUGACUCCCCGACCCUCAGCGAGAGUCCGGCGCCGGUCGCGGCCUGCUCGCGGCCUCCGGACCUGACCCGAGCGGCGGCGGCGGCGGCAGAGACGGCGGCGGCCGGAUAUCCCGGCCGCAGGCAGCCGCGCGGCGACGAGAGCGAGUUGGAGGCCGGGAGGGGGAGCCGCGGCGGCGUGGCCGUGCGCGCGCCCUCGCCCGAGGAGAUGAAGGAGGAGGCUAUCGCUAGCGUCCCGAGGGAGGAGUCGGAGGACAUGGACUUUCUGUCUGGGCUGGAACUGGCCGAUCUGCUGGACCCCCGGCAACCGGACUGGCAUCUGGAGCCUGGGCUUAGCUCGCCUGGGCCUCUCUCUUCGUCCGGCGGCGGUUCGGAAAACGGUGGCCUGUGGAGAGGGGACGAUGACGACGAGGCCGCGGCUGCCGAGAUGCAGCGCUUUUCCGACCUGCUGCAGAGGUUGAUAAACGGUAUCGGAGGCUGCAGCAGCGACAGUAGCAGCGGCGAAAAGAGGCGGAGAAAGUCUCCGGGCGGAGGCGGCGGCUGCAGCGGCAGCACCAGCGCUAACGACAACCACCAGGCAGCGACGAAGAGCCCCCGGAAGGCGGCGGCGGCCGCUGCCCGUCUUAAUCGGCUGAAGAAGAAGGAGUACGUGAUGGGGCUGGAGAGUCGAGUCCGGGGUCUGGCAGCCGAGAACCAGGAGCUGCGGGCCGAGAAUCGGGAGCUGGGCAAACGCGUGCAAGCACUGCAGGAGGAGAGUCGCUACCUACGGGCCGUCUUAGCCAACGAGACCGGACUGGCUCGCCUGCUGAGCCGGCUGAGCGGCGUGGGACUGCGACUGACCACUUCUCUCUUCAGAGACUCGCCCGCCGGUGACCACGACUACGCUCUGCCGGUGGGAAAGCAGCAGCAGGACCUGCUGGAAGAGGACGACUCAGCGGGAGGAGUGUGUCUUCAUGUGGACAAGGAUAAGGUGUCGGUGGAGUUCUGCUCGGCGUGCGCCCGGAAGGCGUCGUCUUCUCUUAAAAUGUAGGGUCAAGUAAUCUGCUCUUUAUCCGCGUUUACCCCUUUCAACUCCCUUACACCAUGUAAAACACCUUAGUGGGACAUCUUCACUGGACACAUUUCAGAGGAGGAAAAAAUUUCUUUUUUAGGUGAUUUCCUUCCUGCCAGGCUCCGUUGUAGGGGUUACAGAACAGUCGUUCCCGCCUCACAACCUGGUAAGGAUCCAUCUCUUCACGUAACGCUCAUGCUCUGCUGCUUAGUCUAAUGGGCAACAUCUCAAUAUGUGUGUGUGCGUGUGUGAUAUUUUUUUUUUUUUUUCUUUUUUGGAAGGUGGGAGGGGAAUCUGAUUUGGGCCCUGUCCACCCUGGAAACAGACUUGUGCUGGUCAAUGUGUUUAAGAUGCUUCUCCUGAUUGAAAUAGCUGUUAAUGUGUCCCCUUGUUCAAACUUGCGUGUACCUAGCUCUUCUGUCCCCAGUGUGGACAUGGCCUUGGAUGACAUCGGUUCCAACUGUACACUGAAACCUGCUUAUAGAGAUACAGUUUGGAUACAGUGAAACAGGUGAAGUUGGAUGGAACUUCCGAGUUGUACAAGGUGCAAAUUGGAAUUCCAAUUUUAGAGCAACUUUUCAGAGGUUGACAAUACAGGUUAUUUGGGGCAUGCACAAAUGUGAUAGCUAUUUUGCUGGAGAUGACAGAAAUCUCUUAAAUAUUUAAGAACGCCUUUUAGUUUUCAAUAGAAGAUAUAGAAAUACAAUCUGUUCAGAUUAACAGAUUUUAAUCUCUCACUUUUAGAGAAGUUGGAAGUUAAUAUACGUAUCAGAAUCCUGUGUUAGCUAACUGGAGAAAGAAAAAAAAAUGGUUGAUGAAAUAUUUCUUUGAGGACCAGCACAGUGAUUACUGUAUCACUGAGUAUGAAUAAAUUGUUGAAUAACUUUAUUUUUGAUGUAUUAAAAUUUUAGGUUAAAUUUAUGUUUGUAUGACUAAAUAAUGAAGAUUGUGAAAUGUGAAUGAAGAAGUGUAAAGUGAGGCUUCACAAAGAAUCUUAAUUGUUCUUAUUCAAAAGCAUUUGGCCUAUUUAAAAAUAGCUUUCAAAAUUCAGUGGUUUUGGCCACUUAAAUGACCCAGUUGACACAAUUUUUCCAAAGAUGGACAUAUUCUUUCUUUGAAGUACUGUUACUAUUAUCCAGUUGUAUCAAUUGAGUUAUGGUGUCCUUCAGUGUAAGACACAUUAAGAAAUUCUUUGUGAAACAUCACUGUUUGAUAAAGUAUAUACGUAUUUAGCAUCCUUGUUUUUCUUUGUGCUAAAGUGGAUACAGCUGUUGGGGCAGAAGAGACGGGACCAGCUGCUGGCCACAUUUCCUGCUUUAUUUUAAAAGGUAGUAUAAGAAAUGAGGAAAAAGAGGUAAUAUCAGGGCUUCUGCUGUCUUUUGUUUUUAAAAUGUUCAUAACUAAGUAUUUUCCAGCAGUCCAAAGAUGUAAGCUAUCUUAACGCAUAAAAUGUUUUAUUUUGUUGUUAUUUGGUUAUGAAAAUGGAAUCCUUGUUCUUGCACAACUGUAAAUGUUUUGUUGCUAGAUAAUAAGAUUUGAGACCUAAAUUGGUCUCUGGUUUCCAGUGCACCACAGCAUAUUUUGUAAAAUCAUCUACUGCACUUGAGCAUGAAUGGGUAGUAGCCAAACUCACAACCUGGAGUGAUGAACCUGCUUAUACCUAAUCGCAGGAGCAAGCCCCUCACAAUGCAGCUGCAUGGAUUUUUAGUGCCUACUGAAUUAUAUAUAUAAACCAAAAGUAGUUGGAAAAAUUAUUUGAAAUGACUAAUUUGUGCUAUCUUUAUGGAAUAUGUUAAAUGUAGCUUUUUGAAAGAGAAGCCUUGAAUUGAAAUUUAACUAAUACUUGAACAUUUUGUAUAUAUUUCUUUGUAUAUAAUUUUGUGCAGUACCAAUGACAAAAAUAUGGUGUCAUAAUAAAACCAGGUUUGUUGAUCUUUCAGUUUAUGGGCUCAAAGAAUUUAUUCAUCUCUAACAUGACAUUGGAAAAUAAUGGAUGGAUGUAGGAAAAAUGAUUGUUAUUAAUGCUGACUGUGGGUCUUAAAAGGUUCUGGAAGCAGAAAGUGUGUUUUUCUAAAGAUUACACCAUUCCCUUGGAAUAUUUUCUUUCUAAUUGUUGUUUUCCCUGCAUUAUUUGAAGCUUGGGGCUGGGGAAAGGAGUAGUCAAAGCUCUCUAAAUUGGAAUGCUUUGAAAUUGGAGUGUAGAUUACUAGAAUGUCAUUUUAUAAAUGGCAGUUUUUGGGAAUACUUGAUUCAAAACUUCUGAAAAUGGAAAAAUUAGUAUGUCCUAUUUUUAAAGCUACUUUGUUAGGUUCCUUAUGUUUUAUUAACUGUCUUUUUUUGUUUCCAUUUCAUUCUCUUUUUUUUCUAAUUUUGGUGACUUAGUGAUUUUGUCAUUUUUACAUCAAUUUCAUGGUCUUGUUUUUACAUGGUAAUUGCAUGUACUUAGGACCUAUUGGGGCUUUACAUAAAUUUGGUCAUAUUUAUGUGUAAGCACACUUUUCUGUAAAUGGGUUUCUGAAUUUAUAACAGAUCUGUUUAUCUCAGUAUGUAGUAAGCAAUAUCUCAAAGUGUCCUAUCCACUACUUGUUAAUUAAAAAAGUUAUGAUUAAUAUGAAGCUGUUGUCUUCCUAUUUUUAGAAAAUUGUGUACUAAAUGAUUAGUACUUGGAUAAAGGAGAUUUCUGGAAAAUAGAUUGUUUUGAAAUUUUCAGGUUUUGGUCUGUUUACUGUAAUGGAUGAAAAUUUAGUAUUUGAGGAACUUUUUUUUCUAAUUGUGCCUCUAGUUCCUAGGCUUAAUAUACCAAAUGGUAAAAUGGUACAGAAUUAAAGAUGUAGCUUUUUAUAUUUGUUUUCUGAUGGUGGUAGGAAUUCAUACAUUAACUGAACUAACAUAUAUUAUUGCCCUACUGUUGCUGUCAUAUUGACUAUUUUUGCACUUCCUUGGCCAGACUUAACUAAAAAAUCUACAUUUGUUAAAGUGGAGUCACACUGCUAAUAAAUCCAACAAAAAGUGUUCAAAAUAUUUUAAUUAAAUAUUUGUGCAUUUUAUAAUCACUAAAUUAAUCUCUCUCUCUUCUCUUUAAACAGCAGUGUCUACAAAAACGAAUCUUUUGCUACAACCUGUUAACUGACUGGACUGAUGGUAACAAAGUAAUUGUGGGAGCCAUGUCGGUCAAAAAUUUGGCAUCUGCUGAAAAAAAUGAAUGCCAUUUUCAAGUUCCCAAAUUACUUCUAUAUUGAUUUCACUUUCCAGAAAUGGAGAUAUGAAAAGAUUCUCUGGAAUCCUUGAAAGACUUAAUAGAAAUAUGUAAGACUAAAUUUUGGAACAAAAUUAUACAUUUUUUUUUUUUUUUUUGUCUUUCAUGGGAGUGAUACUCAGCUCUCUACAUACUUUUUAAAAAUUGUAUCUAUCCAUUGGAGAAGAGAAUGAUAGUAUUUCUUCAAGGAAUUAGAUUUUUUACAUUACCAAGAACAUAUUCUGUGGAAUUACAUUUAGUGGACUAAAAUUAUAUAAACAGGGCAUCAGUGAGCACAA